AUGCCGUACGACAACGACGGCGGCAGCAACAUCUGGUGCGCAGCCGUAUGCGAAUUAACCGUCAGAUGGCUACUCCUAAUCCCGGUUCUCUUCAUAUGUUUCUGCCUCAGCUUCCAAAACCACAAACCCUUAUGCCACGUGGUCGAUUUCUACGCUCCCGCCCUCGAUACAUACUCGAUCAAUAAUAAUAAUUACAAUAUCAACAACACCUUCGUCUUCUUCGACCUCAAGCUCGAAAACGUGAUGCCCUUCAACGGCCUUCUCUACGGGGAUUUAAACCUAACCUUUUCGUACGGCGACCCGCCCGGUAGAAAAAUCGGGUCGCUGGGCUUGCCCGGAUUCUACCAGAGGAUGAGGAAGACCGCCCACCGCAGGGACGUGGCCAACACGCGCGGUGUGCCGUGGGCGGAUGCGUUUGCGUCUGUUUCGAAGAAUGGAUCAUCGUCGUCGGUGGUGGUUUUUCGGGUGGAUUUGGAGACGGAGGUUAGGUCGAAGUGUUACUUUUGGUAUAUGAAAAAGCAGAGGGUGAUGGUUGGCGGCGAUGUUCGAGUUGGGAACACCGGAGUUCAAGUCGGGGAUGUGGCGGUUCUGCUCAAGUCCGCGGCGGCGAGGAUGCGUUUCCACGUUUCGAAAAUCGAAACUCUAUGA